CUAUAUUUAUUUCUUUUUUCCCUUUUUUUCUUCCUUUCUUUCUUUAACUCCUCUACUUUUUUUUCUUUCACAGCAAAAUCAUGGAAGAUAUUAAGCUUGACGAUUUAAAAAAGAGGUUCAGAACCGUCGAACAGGAGAAUGAUUUACUUCAGGAAAAGCUACUUCGAGCUCAGAAAAGUAUUAAACGUCUUCGACUAGAAAGAACUUUAUUAUUAGAUAGAAUCGAUAAAGGUUAUGAUGGAAUGAAUACAAAUAGCGAUUCCGAUACUGGCUCUGAUUUGCUAUUGCAUAAUGAUUUGGACAAGAAUAUCUACAAGCAGCACAAUAAACAUCCAGCGCAACCCAAUAAUACUACUGUCAUUAAACCACCAAAAAAGAAGAAGGAUCCUAAUGCUCCCAAAGGUCCUGGUAACGUCUUUUUCCUAUUCUGCCGACUAGAGCGUGAUAAAAUCAAGGAUGAAAACCCAGAAGAAAAUAUAGGCGAUGUGACAAAACUUUUAGGUCUUAAAUGGAAAGCAUUGCCCAAAGAAGAGAAACAGAUAUACUAUGAUACUUUUAAAAAGGAAAUGGAAGAGUAUGAAGAAGCAAUGAAAACUUAUAAAAGCAGUGGUUUAUCACUGGAUCAGGCAGAAUCCUCUGCAUCUUCGCCUCAUCAUCAUCAAAUCGAUCAACAUGUUCAUUUACCAGCCAUAGCAAACCUUAUAGAUACAGGCCUUCAAAAUAUUAUGCCAAAAGAUUCUUGGACAGAGCCAAUCAGCCUCUCUCCUUUUUAACAACCAUGUAUACUUUACCCGUCUUUUAAUUGUAUCAAAAUAAAAUAAAAUAAUAAAAAAAAAAAAAAAGAUUUAUUGUUCUAACCCC